GGGAUAAGUUGCAUUAGUUGGACCCUUCGCUGGACAUAGUACAACUUGCGACGGAUAUGACCGCGCGUGUAUCGUAUCCACAGCGCCUGUUCAAUCAUGCGAUUGAUUGUGGAACGAUUAGCGGCCGGCACCGUGUUUUUUCAGGCUCAAGAUACUCCGGAGGAGCCCAUGCUGCAGACGCGGCUGCCCGGCGAGGCGCAAUGGGAGAAUGUGCACUCCUUGAAAGAAGGCUGGGAGGUAUGCUUACCCGUGCGAGGCGCUCAGUAUAUGUUUCGAUUGGCCGAUAAGUUGGGGCAAGUACCUUAUGCCAAAACAUCAAUUAUAAUAUUAACGCCACCGCCAGCUCCAUCGGUUCUGGGCAUGGGUCGAAAUGUUUGCAUACUGUGGGAUUGCGAAGCUUUCCCAAGUGUCUCAACUGAUGUGACAGCACCAGAUCAGCAAUCAGACAUCCGGUAUAUCGCGAGCUGGCAACGUAUAUCGCGAACUGGCAACGUAGAAACUGAGCCGGAAAGCAGGACCACUCUGAAGUGGUGCAAUUUCACAAGUGAAAACGGCACACGGGCACUCCUGGCGGCAUUCCCACAAUUCUUGAUGAACACAGAAUACCUGAUCACACUUCAGACAGAAUCCUUUGGUGCAGGCGAAGGUCUCUCUGGAAAUGAGACUGUCAAAUCAGCCAAAUCGUCACCUGUGCGUUGGUUUACUGGUUUAGAACCACCAACUCUGCUUUCGUGCAUAGCGGGAAGCAAUGAAGUGACUCUCAGCCUUCCCAAUGAGACGGAUGCAUGCAGUGUGCUUGCAUCACUAAAGCUCAAGUCUCGAAAGUAUGUAGAAGGACGUUGUGAGGGAGUGGCAUCAUUUCAAAGAUUACAACGACGGGCCAGUGAGCAAACUCUACCCAUUGGUGAUACUGUUGCAGUGCUUGGAAUUCCGGCAGAUACAAGGUGCGGUAUAAGGAUGCACUGUAGCAUCGACCUUCGUGCGCUUGGCGCCAGUCAUUUUUACUGGGACACGUCAAAUGUCCUUGAAGUAGCAACUUUGCCAAAUCCUCCAAUAAUCCGUGGCAUGGCCAGUAAUCGCGUGUCGCAGCCACCAUGUCUCAAACUAUCUUGGUCAUGCGCUCUGGGUAUCAAGCAACAGGAACCUCCUGCUUACCAAAUCCAAAUUUACUCAUGCCAAACAGACACAUACCUGACUACAUUCACUACAUUUGCCCCAGCGCUAGACCUUUGUGCCGUUGGCUUUGAAAGUGGUGUUUCCUAUUGCACACUCCCAGGGACUUGUAGAACUGUUCGGCUUCUACGUGUACCAUCUGCUUCAGUGCCGUGCAGACUUCUAGCGCACAUCGGAAAAGCCGCUCUCGUUCUAUUAUCACCGCUUCCGCCUACCGUAUCCCUCGUUGCAAGAUCAUGCUCGGUCCUCGAUCGUGCACGCAUAUCUUGGGAUGGUGCUUUCGAUAUUUCAAAUGUUCAUCCCGCUAUGUCGCUUCUCCCUGUUGAAUUCACGCUCGAGGUAGCAUCAUCGAGAGCUCUCCGUUUUAUUGAACAAAGAGGGUGCUCGUCAGACCAAAACCAGGGACUAUCCGGCACACAGCUUGAUUCCAAAACCCAUCCAAUGGCUUGCACAUUUCAGACCAUCGCACAUAGCAGGGGAGCCUUUUGCCUCACGCAAAUUCUCUCACCAGGUCUACGGUAUUUCUUCCGUCUCCGACUGCAAACUGUCUCUGGUGUUGCAACUUCUGUUCCUGUGGAAGUUGAAACAAAACCAAAAGUGCCUGAUGCACCCAUGGUACCUCUUGGCGUGGUUUCUCAUUUUGUGUCCACGAUUGGUCAUCGGGCACCAUUCCUUCGCGUUUCCUGGGAUAAACCCCACUGUCAUGGUGCGCCGAUCAAUCGUUACCUUUUGCAAGCCCGCCGAGCAGGCGCUUUGCCUGGGACCUGGGGGAAAUGGCGUCGAAUCUAUUUAGGACCGCAACUCUCUGCAGGAGACGAGGCAACUUUAGACGCGCAAGCAACGAUUACCCAGUAUAGAGUAAAGGCCGGUUCCAUCCUUGGCUGGGGGGGUUACUCUCGCAUUCUCACGGUUGAUGCUCCAAACGGCCUUGGGUCUUGGCAAGGGCAAGUUCGCCAGAGUCUGAUAGGCAAUAUACAAGACAUUGUAGUUGACCCCAAGCCUCAGAGUCCCGGAGACAACAUUCAUGAAAUAAGGACCGCCAGGCUCAAUAGAUUCCCUAAAAAAACAUGCACGCAUGCAUCUAAUGCUCGCGUCGUUGAGUUGGAUUGGUCUGCAAAAUAUGCCCCCUCCUAUAAGAAGGAUGAUAGUUUUGCGUGCCAUGGCGAUUGCAAGCUCGUCGUUCAUGAGCUGAUACGCCGUUUCAAGAAAUGUUUUAGCUAUCCAAUAGCCACGGGUCUUUUUAAGAUUGCCAUCAUGAAUCUUAGAAGUACGACUGCCCAAUGGUACUAGUAGUAAUUGUUUCAACGCGUGUGAGACAACAGUCGAAUGUGGCAUCUAAUGCCACACACGCCCAGCAUAGAGGCCCCCGAUUUUUGUUUCUAGUGUGCAAAUUGUCCCGAACAGCUGCCGGUCUCGGAACUUGACUGACGAACCUCGUGAUUUUGUCCCAAACUUCGGGUGAAUUAAGAUGAAUAAGUUGCCCCUUUCUUGG